AUGCUCUGGGUUAAUCAAAACAAUCUGAACAAUCUGAACAAUGCGUCAAGCAUUGUUACGCCUAUUUUCCGCAUUAAUAUCGCACUGGACCAUGAAUUAUUCGGCAUCGAAGGGCAACUUUCACUUAGCCUCGCCGCCCCCGUGCUAUCCCGCGUCCCGAUGGCGAACAAAGUAGAUAUAGUGAUAGGAGCACAAAGGGCUCCUUGUUACGAGAGCAUCCGCCUCGCCGGCCGUGCCCCGUGCAGAGCAAAUCGACCACCGGACCCGAUCGAGUUACUGGCGCCCACGAGGCGU